AUGCUUGCUCCACCCAUGAGACUCUCCUACCGGCUGGCGGCCGUGGCCCUCGUGUUGUUCUCCGUCCUGUUCCUGUACAACCUCAGCCGCACGACUGAGUCGUGGGUCUCCUGGAGCCUUGGGGACAGCUUGCCGGGUGUUGGCAUGAGACCAGAAGUGCCAGAAAUUCCGGAUGCCCCUUCGGCAACGCCUGUUCCGCCAAGUCAUGGAGGAGUGCCGUCUACGUCGCCAACAGUGGUAGUCGCGGCGCCUGACGAUACGCCAACGUCAGAAGAGUCACUGGACCAGACCGCCGCAGCAGCGCCCAGCGAACCGGCCGAGGGCUCAGUAGAUGGCAUUGUUGUCAUCGGAAAGCUACAGUCAGAGAACACUGAUUGGGUCAGCGAGAAAUUACCCGACUGGCAGAACGCUAUAUACAUUGUCGACAAUCAAAGCGCACCGCUUCAUACGCCCAUGAACAAGGGUCGAGAGGCAAAUCCUUACCUGACCUACAUCAUUGAAAACUACCACAAUCUUCCAAAGACGAUCGUCUUCCUUCACCCCCACCAAGACGGCUAUCCAGGUGGUUGGCAUACCGAUGCGCCGAACCACAGUAACGUCUGGAGCGUUGAGAACCUGAAUCUCGACUUCGUCCAAGAGACAGGCUACGCGAACCUGCGUUGUACACACAUCCCCGGAUGCCCUGACGAGAUUCAGCCUUUCCGAGACCCGUUUGACCCGUCCAGAACGAGCGAGAACCAUAUGCUGGAAGCUUGGCAGGACCUUUUCGGAAACUCUGACGUGCCCGACGUCAUCGGUGCGGCUUGCUGUGCCCAGUUCGCCGUGUCAAGGGACCAGGUCUUGAAGCGGCCGUUGGAUGACUAUGUGCGCUAUAGGAAAUGGAUAAUAGACACCCCCCUGGAGGACGACUUGAGCGGCCGCAUCAUAGAGUAUCUCUGGCACAUAAUCUUCGGGAAACCAGCUGUUGAUUGCCCAGCCCAGGACCAAUGUUUUCGCGAUGUUUAUCGUGUGGACACUCAGUUCAACAUAUUUUAA